CCAUUAUUUAAAAAAAAAAAAAAAAAAAAAAUCAUCACGCCGCUACCAGCACACAGUCACCUCUCUUCUGCUUCUCUCGUAUUUUCUUCUCUCUAUAUCUAUAACACCCAAAAUUAAACUCUUCUUCUUUCUCUCUUAUGUUCAUCAAUCUCUUCUCAACAGACCUUCCACAUACUCUUCGGUGGACUCAACACCUCCGCCGCCACCACCAGCUAUCAAUCAUGGAUCCCAAUACUCACCCCAAUUCUUCUUGGCCUUCUCAUCGAUAUUCCCAAUAUCACCACCGCCACCACCUCUUGUUUUCUCCUCAUAGCCCUUCUUUCAAUUUUAGCCUCAACCGCGACGACAAUGAAGAACAAGACCCUGAGGCGAAGCAACCUCACCACCGCCAACCGGAACUGGAAAAAGAACCCAUGUUCGAGAAACCCUUAACCCCAAGUGACGUCGGGAAGCUAAACCGUUUAGUAAUACCAAAACAACAUGCGGAAAAAUAUUUCCCUCUCGGCGGUGACUCGGCUGAUAAAGGACUCUUUCUGAGUUUUGAGGACGAGUCAGGCAAGUUAUGGAGGUUCAGAUAUUCAUAUUGGAAUAGUAGCCAAAGCUAUGUAUUGACAAAAGGGUGGAGCAGGUAUGUGAAGGAGAAGCAACUCGAUGCAGGCGAUGUUGUUUCAUUUGAACGGCACCGCACAGAUGACGGUGAGAGACUUUUUAUAGGGUGGAGGAGGAGAGGAGAUAACAGCAGCAGUGUGGUGGUGGCGCAGGGUAACAAUGGUGGGCUGUGGAGUAGAGGAUCAUAUUCAUCUUCAUCUGGGUACCAGCCUUAUCAACAUGGCCAUAGGGUUAAUGUUAUCGCCGGUGGUGUCCCAUUUCAACAUGCAGGGUCUGGUGUGCAGAAUUCAAAGAAAGUGAGGCUAUUUGGAGUGAACUUAGAGUGCCAAGUAGAAGAAUCGGAGCCAUCAACACCAGAUGGCUCGUCUUUGUCGAGCCAGGGUCCGACCCAACAGCAACUCUACAGCUUUUACUCGUCAACUUCUUCUUCUUCAAAUAGUAGCCAUAGUCAGAUGGUAAGCUACAUGUAAUUUUAUAUAAUAUAAAAUUUUCUAACUUCUAAGCAGAAAUAUUCUCUACUGUAUAGUUUUGAUUUUGGUGUUUCUUAUAGAGAGACAGAGUAUUAUUAUUAUAAUAGUUAUAAUAAUAAUUAAAGAGAUUAACUGAUUAA